AUGGGCUACAAGCAGGAGCUGAAGCGCAACUUCUCGACCCUCGAGGUUUUCGGCAUCGCCUUCUCCAUCAUGGGCCUGCUGCCCUCCAUCGCCUCGACCCUGGCUUUCUCCUUGCCAGCCGGGCCCGCCGGCAUGGUCUGGUCCUGGUUCCUGGCAAGUGGCUGCAUCUUUCUCGUCGGACUGGCCAUGGCCGAUAUGGGGAGUGCGAUGCCUACGAGCGGCGGACUUUACUAUUGGACACACUACUUCAGCUCUGCAGGGACGAGGAAUUAUCUGUGUUUCUUGGUCGGUUAUAGUAACAGUCUCGGCUUAAUUGGUGGACUCUGCAGCAUUAAUUAUGGUUUUGCCUUGAUGUUCUGCGCUGUCAUUGUGAUAGCAACAGACGGGUCAUGGACCCCGAGCAACGGGAUUGUCUAUGUUGUGUUUCUGAUCUGCACACUUACGCACGGCGUUCUUGCCACCACUCUGACCAAGAUCAUGAAUAAAAUCCAGACGUUCGCCGUCUUCAUGAACAUUGCUCUCAUCCUCGCCACGAUCAUCGCCCUGCCCGUGGGCAGAGCAAGCCAGCGAAACGACGGCCACUUCAUUUUCGCCGAGGUCGAGAAUCUCACCACCUGGCCCACCGGAUGGGCCUUUAUGCUUGCGUGGCUGAGUCCCAUCUGGACCAUCGGCGCCUUCGACUCGUGCGUCCACAUGUCGGAGGAGGCGAGCAAUGCCGCCAAGGCUGUUCCGCUGGGUAUCCUAAGUUCUAUUGGCAUGUGCUGGGGGCUUGGCUUUGUCAUUGUGAUCGUGCUGGCAGCUUGCAUGAACCCGGAUGUUGAGAGCGUGCUCGGAAGCUCGUUCGGGCAGCCUAUGGCUCAGAUCUACUAUGACGCGCUUGGGAAACAUGGAGCGAUGGGUUUUAUCGCUUUCCUGUUCAUUGUCCAGUAUCUGAUGGGUCUGUCAAUCCUCAUUGCUGCAUCUCGGCAGACGUGGGCGUUUUCUCGCGACGGUGCACUGCCAUUUUCGCCCUUCUUUCGACCUAUUUCGAAGAGAUUCGGUUACAUCCCUCUGCGUACCGUCUGGGGGUCUGUCUUCGCCGCCAUUGUCCUGGGCCUUCUCUGCCUGAUCGCUUCAGCAGCCGCUUCUGCCCUAUUCUCUCUCGCCGUAGCGGGCAACAACCUCGCCUGGGGUGUUCCGAUCUUCUCACGUGCAGUCUGGGGCCGUGAAAAGUUCACUCCAGGCCCCUUCUACACCGGUCACAUGUUCAGCCUGCCCAUUGCCUGGGCUUCCAUCAUCUUCCUGGUCUACGGCAUUGUCCUGGCCAUGUUCCCUGUCGGUGGUCCAGAUCCUACGCCGCAAAGCAUGAACUACACCGUCGUUAUCAAUAUGGCGGUUUGGGGCGGAUGCACGCUCUAUUAUCUUGUGGAUGCGAGAAAGUGGUUCACAGGGCCCAAGUCAACAGUAGAAGAGCCAGCUGAGGCGAAUGAGAGCGGCCCCGAGACGGAGAAACAGCCCGUCAUUUCAGAGUGA